UACCGGAUGUUGCCGUUUUAACUCCGGCUGAGUGAAGUCUGUGGUAUCAUAGUCCAGUUUGUGAGUUAUUUUGUGGCGUUUUUUACCACGCUGUCGCUUGGAAACUACUCCACCUAACCAUAUGGUUUGAUAGUAGUUAGGUUAACUCGUGUGUCACCAUGCACGGCGUUAGUUUGAGCUGCUAACAUUAGCUUAUACUCGCUUUCCAGAGCUCCUCGGAAGAGUUUGCAGCGUAGUUCAUUGACCCUCGGCUACAUGGCGACUUAGCAGCACUAACAUCUCCACAGACCUUGGAAAGGGUGCUAAUAUUUCGGGUUAAACUCGCAAAAAAUAAAAAAAAAUGUCUCAACUCGUUGACUCAGACGAAACCACCCCAUUGCUCGGUGAUGAUGCGAGCAGCUGUGACUCUCAGGAUGAAGACUACAAGAGUCGAUGGAGGUCUAUCCGAGUCAUGUACUUCACCAUGUUUCUCAGCAGCAUAGGCUUCACUAUUGUCAUCACAUCACUGUGGCCCUAUCUGCAAAGGAUUGACGACACUGCCAACGCCACCUUCCUGGGAUGGGUGGUGGCGGCCUACAGUCUUGGUCAAAUGGUGGCCUCGCCCAUUUUUGGCCUUUGGUCCAACUACCGGCCACGCAGGGAGCCACUGGUGUGCUCCAUCUUCAUCAACCUGUCGGCCAAUAUCUAUUACGCCUACGCGUACCUGCCCGCAACCAAUAACAAGAUCCACAUACUCAUGUCCAGAGCCUUUGUGGGCUUCGGAGCAGGUAAUGUUGCUGUGGUGAGGUCCUAUGUUGCUGGAGCUACAUCACUAAAGGAGAGGACCAGUGCCAUGGCUAACAUGAGUGCGUGUCAGGCCCUGGGUUUCAUCCUGGGACCAGCUCUGCAGGCAUGCCUGUCGUUCGUUGGUGAGAAGGGUGUCACAGUUAAAAUCAUAGACCUGCAGCUCAACAUGUACACUACUCCAGCUAUUCUGGCUGCAUUUUUUGGCCUCAUCAACAUCCUGCUGGUUAUUUUGGUGCUGAGAGAGCACCGCGUUGAUGACCACGGGAGACUCAUUCGAGCCAUCAACUACACAUCAGAAGAUCGAGUUGACAUUAGUGAAGAAACGGAGGAGACCAUCGAUCAGGUGGCGGUCCUCACUUCCAACAUCCUCUUCUUCAUCGUCAUGUUCAUCUUUGCCGUCUUUGAGACAAUUGCCACCCCUUUGUCCAUGGACAUGUUUGCUUGGACAAGGAAAGAAGCUGUGUUAUACAAUGGCAUCAUCAUCUGCUGCAUUGGAUUCGAGUCCAUAUUGGUGUUUCUAGUUGUAAAGAUGGCCUCUCAAAGGGUCGGGGAUCGUCCUGUGUUACUCGCAGGUUUGAUCAUUAUAUUCUGCGGUUUCUUUAUUCUGCUUCCAUGGGGAAAUCAUUACCCUAAAAUCCAGUGGGCAGACCUCAAAAACAACUCUCUGGUCAGUCAGAUAUCAAAAGCCACGUUGGCCUCCAACGGCUCUUUGGAGCCGACAGGCUGCCCGUAUGAACAGACCUGGUGCCAGUAUACUCCCGCCAUCCACCUGGCCCAGUACAUCUCAUCUGACAUCCUCAUCGGGGUGGGAUACCCAGCCUGCAACGUGAUGUCCUACACACUGUAUUCUAAAAUCCUCGGACCCAAACCUCAGGGCGUUUACAUGGGGUGGUUGACAGCCUCAGGGAGCGGGGCGCGGACAUUGGGCCCAGUCUUCGUCUCCCAGGUCUAUACCAUUCUGGGACCCCGCUGGGCCUUCAGUUUCAUCUGUGGUAUGGUGGUAGGGGCCAUCAUCCUCUUCGGCUCUCUUUACCACAGACUCAUCGCCUUUUCUGUACGCCUCGGAAGAACUGCAGAACAAUAACGGAAGAUUUUCACUGGAGAGACUGAUGUCAGUUUCCUACUUUUGUUCUUCAAAGACUUUUAACCAAAAUCCAGGAUAUAAUGAAGGCUCUGUCGUCGCCACGUACUUAAAAAUGUGGUAACUGAUAAGCCUCUGAGAGUUUGUGACUCAGGGUUGACCUUUUAAACUCGAAGGCGAAGAGAUGAGGCCAGGUUAGUUCUCAUGACUUGACUUGAAGAUGGCUGCUUCGCGAGUUUAAAAGAGAGCUAGCACUGCAGCUGCACUUUCACUCACAUGUUGUGAUCAUAAUAUUUUAUAAAUUGUAUGAGGUCGGUUCAUGCUAUCAAAACUGUUUUAUUUUUCAAUCGAGUUACUAAAUACUUGUUACUGAAAGCUCAUGUUUUAUGUAAUUGCAUGGUUGGUCUAAUGUUUUUAACUACUACUUUUAGCAAAGCUUGAGAAUAACUUUGCAUCAGAUUAUAAUUUUAAUUUGUAAACUCCACAGGCGCAUGCACAGGAGCAACCAUGACUUAAAAACAUACUCGGAUUGUUUUUACGGAUACAAAACGUGCUGACUUAUGUUGGAUUUAUUGAAUGUAACAUUCCCUAUACUUUAUUUACUGAUUGAACAUUUUAGUUUUACUGUGCAGUGAUUACUGGUAUGCAAGAAAUGUGACACGUCAGAGAGAAGCAUUAAACAUUACACAGGGCACAUGGUACUUGGAUGGAAAAACUUCCAAAUUAAGCUGUUGGAAAAUAUUAAUACUAUGUUUUUGGAAAAAAUAUUUUUCCAUUAAUGGCUGCACUUGGUGGUUAUCUAAAACUUGCUGGCUGUCUGGCUACUGGAAAGUAUUCAGAAAGUGAUGUGUGAAUGUGUGGAUGUGCUAAUGAUUUGACACAUAAUGACGCAUUAAAGAUUUAAAUGUGAUCUUAAA